AUGACAAGAUUGCACGAAGAAUUAAGUAUGGGACGAUACUUCGAUGAGGAAUUGUGGUUCGAACAAAGAAGAGUAAUUGCAAAGAAAUCAGCAAUAUAUAGCUGGCCUAUGAGUAUGGCUACAUCAGCAAUAAUAGAGGAUGAUACCUUGGUGGAAUUUUGGGAAAAGCUCGAAGGGUUAUUGGAUGUUGACAUUAACAAUGAAUCUGAUGUAAAUUCUGCUCUAGUAUCUUUCAUAAAAAUUACUGCUGAUCACUACAGCAGCUUAAUAAAGUGCGACCAGGACUUGUACCGUGUCGGACUGAUACUAGUUGAAUCUGAGAUGUUCGAAAGGACGACAGAUUUUUGCCUCCGGAAGCUACUAUCGCUAUUGUCUAUCGAUCUUCUGGAAUUGAGCCUAAAACUAAUUAUUGCGUACAUUAUACUAUACAAAUGCAAAAUAGACAUAAGCUCUAUGGAUAUUUUGGUAGAGAACCAGGGAUUUGUUGUUAUCUACAAUAAUAUCUAUAGCAACUUUGCUUAUCUCAGCAAAUACAGUAAUGAUUCUCCAAGGGAAGCGGAGGAGCAACAGACCGAAACUGACACCGAUAUAAUAGAGGGCAUCAAACAUCUAACAACCAUUUUAAUCGAUAUAAUGUAUCAAUUUUUCAGGUAUUCUAAAUGUCAGAUUGCUAAUCUACAGAUGAUAGACGAUUUCUUCAUAUACUACCUCGUGAGUAGCGUAAGAUCUGAUGUCAUUGACGAUAUAUUCAAUAACAUCAAAUUCAAAUUACUACUUGCACUAAAUGAGCAAUACAUGAUAUUCGGGUACGAAUACGACAUAGAAAACAAAGCAUAUGAAUUCAUUCUCAACCAAACAAUGUCCAAGGAUUUUAUUGGGUUGCUAUUGUUAAAAUUCAACCGAGAAACCGAUGCUUCGUUACUCAUUAUGAUUUGCAAGGUGAUUUACAUUAUCCUAACAAAAGAUUUAAAAGUUGCCAGAGACUUCUUUUAUCUUAAUGAUUUAAAUGUAUUUGUGGAUGUCUUGCUUAGAAAUUUGAAUAAUAUUUCUGAAAACGAAGAAGUAUUAAGAAAUACGUACUUGAGGGUUCUCCUACCAUUGUUGAACAAUACCGAACUCUCAAGCACACAUUAUCAUAGGGAGGAAAUUGCAAAAACUCUUGAAUUCUUUACUGAUGCUGGUAAUUUCUCUGCAAAUAAAGUUCCGACGAUCGAAGAGAGAACAACAGUAAGAAUGGCAAAGAGAUGCCUAACCGAAGUGAAAUGGCUGGAACAUGACGGCCAACCAUAUGGUGAUCAAAAUGACAGCGAGGAGAGCCGUAGAUCUAGUAUUAGUACAAAAUCUUCUAGUACUACACCUCAAGACUCAAAGCCUCCGAAUAAUUUCAACCAUAUUUACAGAAACGUGCAAAAUGCAUAUUCUGCAGAUUCCAUCAACCAUAGAACAGCCCAACAGAUCCCACCUCCACCUCCACCCUCAAGAAAGAGCAAACACAGAAUUGGAAGUGAUAAGAAGCUUGCAACUGCCAGUUUAGAAAUUUCAAAGUAG